GCACCACGUGGGCGGCUGCCUGACUCCGUCCUUCCCGCAGGAGCCGCGGCGGCGCCAGGGCGCUCGGCUUGGGUUACAGGCGCGGCCCGAGCGAGCACUGACGGUCCAGCGGAGCCCGAGCCCCAGCCCGAAGCCCAGCCUCGAAGCCCAGCCCCGGCCCGCCAUGGUCAUCAAGACGGACGAACUGCCGCCCGCCGCCCCCGCCGAGAGUCCCCGGGAGCCGGGCCCCCAGGGCGGCGGGAAGGCCCGGCCUGGCCCAGCGGCAGAGCUCCCAGCAGUCAUGCUGCUGAACGGGGACUGUCUGGACAAGAAGAGUGAGGAGCCUAAGGAGAAUGGGCAUGAAGAGGCCGAGCCCAGUGACGAGGCCAGCGGGCAGGAGGUCAUUGUCAUACAGGACACCGGCUUCACUGUAAAGAUCUCGGUCCCAGGGAUCGAGACUUUCUCUUUGCAGGUGUCUCCCCAAGAGAUGGUCCAGGAGAUCCACCAGGUGCUGAUGGAUCGGGAGGACACCUGCCACCGCACGUGCUUCUCUUUGCAACUGGACGGCAACGUGCUUGACAACUUCUCAGAGCUGCGGACCAUUGAGGGGCUGGAGGAGGGCUCUGUGCUUCGUGUGGUAGAAGAGCCAUACACUGUACGGGAAGCCCGCAUCCACGUGCGCCACAUCCGAGACCUCUUGAAGAGUCUGGACCCCUCAGAUGCCUUCAACGGGGUGGACUGCAACUCCCUCUCCUUCCUCAGUGUCUUCACGGAUGGUGACUUAGGAGAUAGUGGGAAGAGGAAGAAGAAGGGCAUUGAAAUGGAGCCCAUUGACUGCACGCCGCCUGAGCACAUCCUCCCAGGGAGCAAGGAUCGGCCGCUCUCUGCUCUGCAGCCCCAGAACCGGGACUGGAAGCCCCUGCAGUGUCUAAAGGUGCUCACCAUGAGCGGCUGGAACCCCCCGCCCGGGAACCGGAAGAUGCACGGGGACCUCAUGUACCUGUUUGUGAUCACGGCAGAGGACCGGCACGUUAGCAUCACGGCCUCCACUCGAGGCUUUUACCUGAACCAGUCCACAGCGUACAACUUCAACCCCAAACCUGCCAGCCCUCGCUUCCUGAGCCAUUCCUUGGUGGAGCUGCUCAACCAGAUUAGUCCAACCUUCAAAAAAAACUUUGCUCUCCUGCAGAAGAAAAGGGUCCAGCGCCAUCCUUUCGAGAGGAUCGCCACCCCGUUCCAGGUUUACAGCUGGACGGCCCCCCAGGUGGAGCAUGCCAUGGACUGUGUGCGGGCUGAAGACGCCUACACGUCUCGGCUGGGUUAUGAAGAGCACAUCCCUGGCCAGACCCGAGACUGGAAUGAGGAGCUGCAGACGACAAGGGAACUUCCCCGCAAGAACCUUCCGGAGCGGCUGCUGAGGGAGCGGGCCAUCUUCAAGGUCCACAGUGACUUCACGGCAGCUGCCACCCGGGGAGCCAUGGCGGUCAUCGACGGCAAUGUCAUGGCUAUCAACCCCAGUGAAGAGACCAAGAUGCAGAUGUUCAUAUGGAACAACAUCUUCUUCAGCCUGGGCUUUGACGUCCGAGACCACUACAAGGACUUUGGUGGGGAUGUGGCUGCCUACGUGGCCCCUACCAAUGACCUGAAUGGGGUGCGCACCUACAACGCAGUUGACGUCGAGGGCCUCUACACGCUGGGCACGGUGGUGGUCGACUACCGAGGGUACCGGGUCACGGCCCAGUCCAUCAUUCCUGGCAUCCUUGAGCGGGAGCAGGAGCAGAGUGUCAUCUAUGGCUCCAUUGACUUUGGCAAGACGGUGGUGUCUCACCCACGCUACCUGGAGCUCCUGGAGAAGACGAGCCGGCCCCUGAAAAUCCAGCGGCACCGGGUGCUCAACGACCGCGACGAGGAGGUGGAGCUGUGCUCCUCCGUGGAGUGCAAGGGCAUCAUCGGCAAUGAUGGCCGCCACUACAUCCUGGACCUGCUGCGCACCUUCCCCCCUGACCUCAAUUUCCUGCCCGUGGCCGGCGAGGAGCUGCCCGAGGACUGCCGGCGGGCCGGCUUCCCCAAGCCGCACCGCCACAAGCUCUGCUGUCUGCGCCAAGAGCUGGUGGAUGCGUUUGUGGAGCACAGGUACCUCCUCUUCAUGAAGCUGGCGGCCAUUCAGCUCAUGCAGCAGAAAGCCAACAGGGCCGAGAGCCCAGGCCCGCCAGAGAACGGCACUGCUGAGGCCGGGGAGGCCGCAGGGGACGGGGCCGGUGGCCUGGCCAAGGUGAAGGAGCUCGCGGAGACCAUGGCCUCCGACAGUGGCCCAGCAGUGGACCCCAAGAGCCGGGAGGUGAUCCAGAAUGCCUGUAAGGCCGUGGGCUCCGUCAGCAGCACCUCCUUCGAUAUCCGCUUCAACCCUGACAUCUUUUCACCAGGUGUGAGAUUCCCCGAGUCCUGCCAGGAUGAAGUUCGGGACCAGAAACAGCUGCUGAAAGACGCUGCAGCCUUCUUGCUGUCCUGCCAAAUCCCAGGCCUGGUGAAAGACUGCACAGACCACACGGUGCUGCCCAUGGAUGGGGCCACGUUGGCAGAAGCCAUGCACCAGCGCGGUAUCAACAUCCGCUACCUGGGCAAGGUGCUGGACUUUGUGCUCAGGAGCCCAGCCCGACCUCAGCUGGACCACAUUUAUAAAAUCGGCAUCAGUGAGCUCAUCACCCGAUCUGCCAAGCAUAUCUUCAAGACCUACCUUCAGGGUGUGGAGCUCUCGGGCCUGUCAGCAGCCAUUAGCCACUUCCUGAACUGCUUCCUCAGUUCCUUCCCCAACCCUGUUGCCCACCUCCCUGCUGAUGAGCUUGUCUCCAAGAAGAAAAACAAGAGGAGGAAAAACCGGCCCCCGGGAGGGGCUGACAACACGGCCUGGGCUGUCAUGACCCCCCAGGAGCUCUGGAAGGACAUCUGCCAGGAGGCCAAGAAUUAUUUCGAUUUCAGCCUUGAGUGUGAGACCAUCGACCAGGCUGUGGAAACCUUUGGACUGCAGAAGAUAAGCCUCCUGCGGGAGAUCUCCCUGAAGACUGGAAUCCAGGUCUUACUGAAAGAGUACCCCUUUGACAGCCGGCACAAGCCGGCCUUCACUGAGGAAGACGUCCUCAACAUCUUCCCUGUGGUCAAGCAUGUCAGCCCCAAGGCCUCCGACGCCUUCCACUUCUUCCAGAGCGGCCAGGCCAAAGUGCAGCAGGGCUUCUUGAAGGAAGGCUGUGAGCUCAUCACGGAGGCGCUGAACCUCUUCAACAAUGUGUACGGGGCCAUGCACGUGGAGAUCUGUGCCUGCCUUCGCCUCCUUGCCCGGCUUCACUACAUUAUGGGGGACUACGCUGAGGCCUUAAGUAACCAGCAGAAGGCAGUGCUCAUGAGUGAGCGAGUACUGGGAAUUGAGCACCCCAACACGAUCCAGGAAUAUAUGCACCUGGCUCUCUACUGCUUCGCCAGCAGCCAGUUGUCCACAGCCUUGAGCCUGCUCUACCGCGCUCGCUACCUCCUGCUGUUGGUCUUUGGGGAAGACCACCCAGAAAUGGCUCUUCUGGAUAACAACAUCGGGCUGGUGCUGCAUGGGGUCAUGGAGUAUGAGCUGGCGCUGCGCUUCCUGGAGAACGCUCUGAGCAUCAAUGCCAAGUAUCACGGGGCCAAGUCCCUCAAGGUGGCCCUCAGCCACCACCUGGUGGCCCGGGUCUAUGAGAGCAAAGCUGAGUUCCGAUCGGCCCUGCAGCACGAGAAGGAGGGUUACACCAUCUACAAGAGCCAGCUCGGAGAGAACCAUGAGAAGACCAAGGAGAGCUCUGAUUACCUGAAGUGCCUCACCCAGCAGGCUGUGGCCCUGCAGCGCACCAUGAAUGAGAUCUACCGCAACGGCUCCAGUGCCAAUAUCGUGCCACUCAAGGUCACAGCCCCCAGCAUGGCGAGUGUCCUGGAACAGCUUCACAUUAUUAAUGGCAUCCUUUUCAUUCCACUCAGCCAAAAAGACCUGGAGAACCUGAAGGCCGAGGUGGUGCGGCGGCACCAGCUUCAAGAAACCAGCAAGGCCGCCACGCGGGAUGCAGAUGCUGCUGCUGCCGCUGCUACUGCUGCUGCUGCAGAGCCUCAAGAGGAGGCAGAGUCUGGCCUCUUGCCAGGGGACGAUCCCCCCACCUUGAGCUCAGUGUGAUGUUCCUAGGGGCAGAGAGGGAGAAACUGGACACUCGCCCCCACAAUGAUUGGCAGAGGGCAGGCAAAUGCCAUGCCCUGCUGACUGGGCAAGGGGUCACAUCCCCUUCCUCCUGAGCACCUCGGCCCCCAACCAAAAUGUUCUUGCACUGGUACAAUUAAUACACAAUGCAAAGUCCUUCUUGGAGACCUAUAAUUGGAUGGAGCGUGUGAGCAUGUAGCCACUGGCCAGGGACAGUGGGUGCCAGGGGCAGCCUCUGUUCCCUCCCUUCUCCCCACAUAUUAUUGGUCAGUCCCUUUCUCAUGUGUACAUAGCCCCAGCUUAUUUCCCCAAAUGGACUCUGUGGAGAUGAGAUUGUUUCUCAGGUCAUUUGUACGCUUGACAUAAGGACGCUGCUGCUACUUCUGUUGUCGCUGCCGCUGCCGCUGCCACCACCUCCUGAAGGUCCGUCUGCCUGCCCUCAGCCUGGGCACCAGGUUCCAAGCCAAAAUGAGGGGAAUGAGGGGACUGCCCUUCUCCGCUGUUCCCACACACCACCCUAGAGAGGAUGGAGUACACCCUGGCCUGUGCCCACCUCACCCCCCAGGGCAUCAUCAGGUCUGGGAGGGCUAAUGUCAGCUUUUCUGCUUUAGGAAAGAGCCAUCGCCGCCUCUGCAGCAUUGUGUCGUGACCCCUUGUCAGGGGGUGUCCUAGCUCCUACUUAGUGGGUGGGGAGGGGGGAGGGGGUGUUGUCUCUGUGAUGUCUCCAGGCCGGGCCCCUUUGCCCACUGCCACCCAUCCAUCCGUCCAUAGUGCCUCCUGAGGUGCUGAGGACUGUGUCCCUGCGCCCCACCUCAAAUACGCACAGUCCCAUUCCUGCCCAACCCCCUACAAAGCUUCUGGGCUGAGACCUCCCCUUUCUCCAACUCCGGGCCCUUGUCUGGGACAAGGAGUAAGGGGAACACGAGGGGAGGGGGGGGCUUUCAACGUGAAUGUAUUUUUCUUCCUCCCCCAUCCUUUUAUCCUAAGCUGUUUGAUGAAUAGUAGGGGGAAGGUGGGAUUUACCGGGUGAGGGGAGAACCCAGGAGGGAACCAGCAUGUAAUCAUGACCCUGGAGAAGUUACUGCCCCCCACACCUCUGAACAUUUUUUUUUUUUUAAUCGUGUUAUGUUGCUCAUCUUGGGGGUCCUUUAUGUCUCUUGCUGAUCAUGGUCACUACUGAGGACAGAGGAGCCUGGGGAAUGGAGCCUGCUGGAGAGGUUUGCCACCCUGUUGUUCCAUGGUGGGCUGUUUGCCCUCCUUCCUCUGGCCUGUUAAAGGGAGCAGGGAAAAAUGACAUGUACACUGGGUGUGUAUGUUAAGAGGGUGGUCUAGGAUGUGAAAUGCCACCUUCUCCCCCUCACUUGAAGCCCUAGGGCCAAGGGUCUUUACAGGCCCCAUCCAUCCAACCGCCUUGUUUAAAAAAAUCAAAGUGUAGAGAGCGAGUGUGAGCGAGAAAGUGAGUGUGAGCGCGUCCCCACAAGCUGAUCAAGAACUUGGUUUUCUUGUUUUUAAACCAUCACAUCUUCGUUUCACAUUGGAAUAAAGUGAAUUUUUGAAACCUGCUG